UGUUACUCAGAACUGAUCUGAUUGUUAUUUUCCUUAUUCUAGCUUUUCUACGGAAAGUUUACAGCAUUCUUUCAGUUCAAGUUCUUCUGACCACAGUCACAGCUGCAGUUUUUCUGUACUGGCCUGGACUUCAGGCAUUUGUGCAUGAAAGGCCUGCCUUGCUGUUGAUAUCUGCAUUUGGAUCUUUGGCUACAAUCUUGGCCUUGGCAUUCUACAGACACCAGCAUCCCAUUAAUUUAUAUCUCCUUUUUGGAUUUACCCUUUUGGAAGCACUGUCAGUUGCUGUUACAGUCAGUUUCUAUGAUGUAUCCGUUGUCCUCCAAGCCUUUAUUCUUACUACUGCUGUAUUCCUUGGACUGACUGCAUAUACUUUGCAAUCCAAAAGAGACUUCAGCAAAUUUGGAGCAGGCCUCUUUGCUUGUUUAUGGAUUUUAAUCAUCUCAGGAUUCUUGAGGAUGUUCUUUCAUAGCGAGUCGGUGGAACUGGUGUUUGCUGCUGCUGGAGCACUUCUGUUCUCUGGAUUUAUUAUUUAUGACACUCAUUUGCUGAUGCAAAGAUUAUCCCCUGAGGAGUAUAUACUGGCUUCGAUCAAUCUCUACCUGGACAUCAUCAGUCUGUUCUUAAACCUGCUGCGAGUGCUAGAUUCAAUUAAUAAAAAAUAA